AUGGCCGCGAAGUCGGAUGGAGCGGCGGCCGCGGCCGGCCCGGGGCCGGAGGGGGCGGCCGGAGGAGCCCGGGGCAGUGCGGGCGGGCGCGGGGAGGCGGCGGCGGCGGCAACCGGGGGUCCCGGGGUGACCGAGGCGGGAGGCCCGGGGCCGCGCUACGAGCUGCGGGACUGCUGCUGGGUGCUGUGCGCGCUGCUCGUGUUCUUCUCCGACGGCGCCACGGACCUGUGGCUGGCGGCCUCCUACUACCUGCAGGGUCAGCCCACCUACUUCGGCCUCACGUUACUAUUCGUGCUCCUGCCCUCGCUUGUCGUGCAACUGCUCAGUUUCCGCUGGUUCGUCUACGACUACACCGAGUCCGCAGGGGCCCCGGGACCCGCCGUCAGCACCAAGGACAGCGGCGCCGGCGGGCCCAUCAUCAGCACCAAGGACAGUGCCAUCGCCUUCAGGACCAAAGAAGGCAGCCAGGAGCUGGGCCCCCGACCCGCGCCCUCUUCGGCCAGUACCUACCGCCGCCGCUGCUGCCGCCUCUGCGUCUGGCUGCUGCAGACCCUCGUUCACCUCCUGCAGCUCGGCCAGGUCUGGAGGUACCUGCGUGCCAUGUACCUGGGGCUGCAGAGCCGCUGGCGCGGGGAGCGGCUGCGGCGCCACUUCUACUGGCGGAUGCUGUUCGAGAGCGCCGACGUGAGCAUGCUGCGCCUGCUGGAGACCUUCCUGCGCAGCGCGCCGCAGCUGGUGCUGCAGCUUAGCCUCAUGGUGCACCGCGGCGGCGUGCCCGACCUGCUGCCCGCCCUCUCCACUUCCGCCUCGCUCGUGUCCCUGGCCUGGACGCUGGCCUCCUACCAGAAGGUGCUGCGAGACUCCCGGGAUGACAAGCGGCCCCUGUCCUACAAGGGCGCCGUGGCCCAGGUGCUGUGGCACCUGUUCGCCAUCGCGGCCCGCAGUCUGGCCUUCGCUCUCUUCGCCAGCGUCUACAAGCUCUACUUUGGCAUCUUCAUUGUGGCCCACUGGUGUGUCAUGACCUUCUGGGUCAUCCAGGGGGAGACGGACUUCUGCAUGUCCAAGUGGGAGGAGAUCAUCUACAACAUGGUGGUGGGCAUCAUCUACGUCUUCUGCUGGUUCAACGUCAAGGAGGGCCGCAGCCGCCGCCGCAUGACCCUCUACUACUGCAUCGUCCUGCUGGAGAACGCCGCGCUCACCGGCUUCUGGUACUCCAGCCGCAACUUCUCCACCGACUUCCACUCGCUCAUUCUGGUCUGCGUGGUGGCCUCCAGCUUCGCACUGGGCAUAUUCUUCAUGUGCGUCUACUACUGCCUCCUGCACCCCAAUGGGCCCAUGCUGGGUCCGCAGACGCCUGGCUGCAUCUGCCCUGAGUCCCCAGGACCCUGCGGCCCACCCGCCGACGCUGUCACCAGUCCCCCCAGGUCCCUGCCCAGGACUACAGGCGCUGAGCGGGAUGGGGUCUCAGUGGGAGGCGAGCGUGCGGGGACCCCCACGCCACCUGUCUUCCAGGUGCGGCCGGGCUUGCCUCCCACACCCGUGGCCCGCACCUCGCGGACAGAGGGGCCUGUCAUUCGGAUUGACCUGCCUCGUAAGAAGUACCCCGCCUGGGAUGCUCAUUUUAUUGACCGCCGGCUCCGGAAGACCAUUCUGGCGCUGGAGUACUCCUCGCCCACGACGCCCCGGUUGCAGUACCGGAGCAUAGGCACCGCCCAGGAGCUGCUGGAGUAUGAGACCACGGUGUAGGCCACAGUAUCCCCCCCAGAAGGGAUGAGCUUUGGCUGACCCCACAUCGACCACAGUGUUGAGCCCAGGAUUUCAGGGCCAAUAGGCUGAGGGGGAGUGGAUCUGUUGGUCCAAGGGUAGAGUGGCCCCACCUUUGGCUUCUUUCGUGGGAGGCAGCAGCCUUGUAGAGGCCCCAGCCCUUGGCUCUGUUUUCAGCCCUGUGGCCCAUUUCCUAAACUCCUCUGAACCAGGGCCCAGGGAACCAACUGGUGCUAUGCUCCUUGUGAGCUGCCCUGCUUUCAUGGAGGCCUCCGUAUCAUGGCUGGUGCCGGGGGCCUCAUGCCCUCUCCCCUGCCUGGAGUUGCCCACUUGGUGGACCACCAAAGAAGGGGGUUCAUGACCUAGGCCCUACGCUCCUUAGGGGGUGUAGGCGUGGGCUGCCUCUGAAAAGGAUGGAGGAGGCCAUGGAAGACGUGGGGUGAGGUGGGAGCAUUUGGUGGGCAAGGCUGGUACACCUCCUGUGGCGUCCAAGGUCUUGGAGCCUGGGCCAGAGGGGAAUUAGUGGAGGGAGUUGGGGUGGGGUGGGGAGUUGGGGGUGGGGGGCUGACAGUGCUGGAGCUGGAAGGAGGAAGAAUCCUGAGACAUUGGAGGGGUCCAGGCUGGCAGAGGCAUGAAGGGUUGGCAGAUUUGGGGGAGGGGAACCUCGAUCUGGAGCAUGGAGAACGUUCCUCAAGAGACACCCUUUGUUUUGGGCUCUGUUACGGAUGAGGUUCCAGACACCUCUGGUGAAAUGUCUCAAGGAGCCAUUCUUUGUUCUAGGUGAGCAUCUAGAACAUGUCUUCCAGAUAAAGGUCUUGAACACAACAGAUUAAGUGUCUAGGAAGAGACUGCCUGGGCUUGAUCAUAGAUGCAAUUCUGGUACAUUUAGCAGAGGAACGGUUUCUAGAGAGACAUUCUUAGUUCUAGAUUAAGUUCUAGGACACAAAGCUGAUCAAAUGUCCUGGGGAGUCACUCCAAUCUGGAUUCUUUUACAAAGACCAAAGGCACUGGCCCCUGCUUCUCUACCCUGGGGGGUUCCAGCUCCUGCCAUGGUGCUGGGGCUUCAGGCUCUAGAACCCUGUGGGAUUGGAAUGUUCUCGGGAUGGGCACUGCAGUUCUAGACUUCUGGGGUUUAUAUGAGUUCUCUGUCUCUGUCCACCUUGGUCCACAGCCAUCUUCCCAAGAAGAGAUUGUCCUUAGAAACUCAGAGAUAUUUCAACUACCAACUGGUUUCUAGCUGGAAAAAAAUUAGCUCUGGGGACAUGACAUGAAUCUUGGCUCUUAGCCACCUUGUAAAUGCAGCUCCCUGGGGUGGCAGCUGUAAAAGUAACUUAUUUUGCCUCAGAUCUGACGACCCUCCAGGACCUGUGGUUCAUUCCCAUGGCCUGAGCAUCCCAGGGUGUCCUUGGGACCACUCACCCAGCGCCCCUUCUCUCCACCCGGGACAGCCAGUCCUGGAUAGCGGAGGGUGGGGUGGGGUAUGGGAGCAGAGAAGUAGCAGUUCUAGGGGCAAGGGGCAGAGCCUCUAGGCAAAGCUUGAGACCCCGCCCCCCAAAGUCUUCCCCUCCCGUGUGCCUACCAAGGCGCAUUCACUUCAGGGGCGCAGCAGGUGAUGUUAAGGACCGAGGCAAACCUGGGCUGGGGUGAGGAGGGCAUGAGAAUCCUAGAAUAUGCAAAUUAGAGGGACAUGCAGCCCUUUCUGGUUCCGCCUCCCUUGGGUUACAGAUGAAACAGGCCCAGAGUGGCAGCUGGUCUCACAAGGUCCUAGAUUCCUUGCUCUCCCAUCAGAUAGUGAUGGGCGACAUUGGAUUUGCUGAGGAUUCUGGGAGAGGGCCACACUCAGGGUCCAGGGUGAUUCCAAAGGCAGAGAAGGCAAGACUGCACCUGCACCGAUACACACACACAAGCACACAUCACACCCGUGACACAAGUCAUCUCCCCCGUCACCACAGGUGACGGCACAGACACCCGCCCAGGCCGAGAUGGUGUGUUCUCCCUCCCAUCAACACACAACAAGUGCUUUCCCUUCUUUCUUUCUUCUACUUUCAUGAUCCCCAAGAUGCCUCAGGAACUGGGCCUCAAGGUGAUGGGGGAGCCGGGGAAGCCCAAAGCUGACCCAGACUCUUUCUGGUGGGUUCCCCCACCCUCCUUCUUCUCUGUCCAUCUGUCCUCAGCGACCAAAUCCCUUGGCCCUUUGUGAGAUGGAGCACUGAGGAUGUGGACCUGAAUCCAACUGACCGUUUCUCCUGGGUGGACGGAGCCAGGAGUUUUCACCUUGUGUUGUUUCACUCAAACUCUCUCCUGCCAGCAACAUCCCCGCAAGAGAGGUGUCACCAACCUAUCUUUACAGAGGAGGACACACGCUCCGAGAGGUGACGUGAGGGUCCGCCUUGGCAAGUUAUUUUACUCCCCAGGGUUCUAGAACGGACCAUCUGGCUGCCCUACUCCCACACCUCCUAGAAGCAAUGGGAGCUGCAGUAGGAAGGGCUGGUAGUGCUGAGGCGUGGCUUGAGGCUCACAGGGGAGCCACGGCCACAUUUUUGGACCUUAUUCCGCCCCCACCCCCCCAUCUCAGUCCCACCCAACCUUCCCUAAGAGCCUCUGCCUGCAAGGACCUCUGAGCACCAGAAACGGUCACCGUCAAGGGGCCCAAGGAGAGGGCUGCAGGCACCUUCUGCUUCUCAGCCUCGGGGAAGAGCUCAGCCCCUUAAGGACACUUCCCUCCCUCCACACCUUGGAGCUCAGGAUGCCCGCCCUUCCAGCCUCUCUCCGCGAGCCUGUCCCCCACUUCAUCUUGUUCCUGCUGGUCCCCUCGCUUCACCAGCAUGGAAGAGUCCGUGGGGGAGGGUCACCAUCCCAUUUGAGCUGCUUUAUUUUCCAUUCUGUGACACAAUCUACCUCAGCCAGUCUCUCUUCCCUGCCAGCGUUGGACACCCUGGGUCCCCGCCUCCUGUCCCCUACCCUAGCCUGGCCGCACCCCACCAGGUCCUUGCAGUGAGAUAAGGUUCUAGAACCACAGCCCAGAGGGGCCCUUGGGGUCCCCGAAGCCACCUGCCCUCCACAUCUAUUAUCGAGAAGAAAUGGAGGCCCAGAGAGGGCCAGGGACUUGCCCAAGAUCACACAGGAAGUCCGUGGCAGAGUUAGGCUUUUCCUGGGGAGGAGAGGUGGUUGGGUCCAUCUUAAUUCUGCCAGGGAUAGAAGAGAACAGGAUGCUCUAGGUACCAAAUAGGUGAGGCCUCGCCCUGCCCUCAGCAUCUCUACCCUAGGAGACCAUGUCCCCGUUCCCAAGGCUGACUUCUGUCUCCCAGUUCUGGAACGGUGCCCCGGGCUGCUGACCAUGCCCCCCAAACCUCUCCAAGCAACGCACCCCUGUGCACUGAUGUACCAUGUGCCUUGUAACUAUCACCCCGUUGGACAGCACAGACCUCCGCCCCUCCCCAGCAGGGGGCUCCCCAACAAGGAAGGCUUUCUUGGUCCCCUGUUUCAUCUGCCUCAUCCUCGUGUCUCCCCCAGAUCUGCCUUCCCCCCAGCCAGCUCCCUGUUACACCUGUGUCCCACAGAGACCUGUCGCCCAUGAGAGUUGAGGAAAGCAGAGGGCAAGGAAAGCAGAGGGCAAGGAGAGCAAGGCCUGGAGAAUGUCCAGAUCUCAAGGUCGGGGCCACAGAGGCUAGGGGUAUCCAGGGAGGGUCGUGCCUGGCAGUCUGAAUGCCCUUUUAAAGGCCGAAGUCCCACGGGUCCUUUUCUUGGAGACCCCUGGACUGGGUGUUCACAGAGACCUCAGGCGGUGGGGAGAAGUUUUUCUGGGACAGGGGUGCAUGGGUCACAAAUUCAAAUGCCUUGGUAAUGAGAGGCAAUGAAAAUAAGUUAAGUAGAGGUGCUAGACAAUAGGGAGCGGUGGGGACACUGGCAAAUCAGAGAAUAUACGCCCUGCCUAUAGGCACUAAAAUUCACAGUUUUGAAAAAUCCAGUGCUAGCCAAACUCAACACUCAUAUUCGACCCAUGGGCCACCAGCUUGAAAUCUCUAGUUCAAAAUGUUGAUAAGGGAGUUCCCAUCGUGGCGCAGUGGUUAACGAAUCCGACUAGGAACCAUGAGGUUGCGGGUUCGGUCCCUGCCCUUGCUCAGUGGGUUAACGAUCCGGCGUUGCCGUGAGCUGUGGUGUAGGCUGCAGACGCGGCUCGGAUCCCGCGUUGCUGUGGCUCUGGCGUAGGCCGGUGGCUACAGCUCCGAUUCAACCCCUAGCCUGGGAACGUCCAUAUGCCGCGGGAGCGGCCCAAG